CGCAUUGGGAAAAGAUGGUUCUACACAGAAUUCUGUUACUGGUGACCCUCACCCUCACCACCAUGGUCAACUUGUAUGGAGGUGAAGACAUUGUGGCUGACCAUGUUGCCACCUAUGGUGCACUAUUCUAUCAGUCUUACGGUUCCUCUGGCCAGUACACCUUUGAAUUUGAUGGAGAUGAGGAGUUCUACGUAGACCUGCAGAAGAAGGAGACUAUCUGGAGGCUGCCAGGGCUUAGCAAAUUUGGAGAUUUUGACCCACAGGGUGGACUGACAGAAAUUGCUACAGGAAAAUAUAACCUGGACAUCUUUAUUAAAAGUCCGGACUAUACCCCUGCUACCAAUGAUGUCCCUGAGGUGACUGUGUUCACCAAGUCUCCUGUGACACCGACUCAACCCAACACCCUCAUCUGUCUUGUGGACAACAUCUUCCCUCCCGUGAUCAACAUCACAUGGUUGGUCAACGGGCACUCAGUCACAGAGGGUGUAUCUGAGACUAGCUUCCUCACCAAAAUUGAUCAUGCCUUUCUCAAGAUCAGUUACCUCACUUUCAUCCCUUCUGAUGAUGAUGUUUAUGACUGCAAGGUGGAGCACUGGGGCCUGGAGGAGCCACUCCUGAAGCACUGGGAACUUGAAAUUCCAGCCCCCAUGUCAGAACUGACAGAGACUGUGGUCUGCGCCCUGGGGUUGACUGUGGGCCUUGUGGGCAUCAUGGUGGGAACCAUCUUCAUCAUCCAAGGUCUGCGCUCAAAUGGUGCCCCCAGACAACAAGGGCCCUUGUGAAUUGAACCUUCGAAGGCAGGUUUAUUUACCUACAAAAAAAAGAAAAGUGGAUGUGCCAGAUGUCUUGUCCAGUUCAUUACAUUCCUUCUGUUCUUCAUUGUUCUUCCUUUUACCUCUUUUCUGGGACUUAAGGUACUAUGUCCCUUGAUAAUCCACAUACUCUUUGGAAUUCUCUUCUGACUGCUUGAUUUUUUUUUCUGUUCUUUAUUGUUAUCUACAAUGGUAAUCUCCCGAAUAUUCCACCCAGUUACUUAAUCUCUAGUGACUCUGAUCUCAAUGAAGCAAUAAAUUUUCCUUUUAAUGAAUUUUUUCCCAUUUAUCAUGGAACCAUGACUACUUAUGCUUUUGGUCCAUUUAAUGUUUAUCAAAAAGUGAAAGCCCGGCUCUCCCUGGUGGUGCAACCAGUUAAAAAACCGCACUGUGAAGCUCUCCAAAGCCACUGCAGCACGAGUU